AUGCAUUGCGGCAGACCACAGGUGGAGACACCGCCAAGCAGCGCAAGCGGCGUUGGCGGCGGCGGCAGUGGCGGCGGCGAGCACGGCAGGGAGGGAGAGAGCGAACGUGGUGAAGGGGGUCUUCUGAUGGGGCUGACAGAGGCGAGAAGGACGGCAGAGGCGAGAAGGACGGCAGAGGCGAGAAGGACGGCAGAGGCGAGAAGGACGGCAGAGGCGAGAAGGACGGCAGAGGCGAGAAGGACGGCAGAGGCGAGAAGGACGGCAGAGACGGGAACGACGGCAGACGCGAGAACGACGGCAGACGCGAGAACGACGGCAGACGCGAGAACGGCGGCAGACGCGAGAACGACGGCAGACGCGAGAACGCUUGGCGUUGCCGACGAUGGGCGGGGUACCGUUGACAAGCUGGUUAUUGCCAAGGUGAGAGUCGGUAAGGGGUGGGGGCAGUUGAAAAGGAUUCGGACAUUUCAACCAGAGGAGGGCGUUGGAUUGGAGCUGGUGUGUGCGCUGGUGAGCGAUGGCAAUCUCAAGGCGCUCACAAGCAGGGGAGUAUGUGAUGGAUGGCGUUAUCCGCUUCCUGCUGGUGCUCAUAAGCAGCACCCGCACCAUGGGAAGAUUCAGACAUUGCAAUCAGAGGAGGGCGUUGGAGCUGGGGUGUGCGCUGCUCCGCACCUGUUUCUCCUACACCCACUUCACGCCCAUAUGACACCAUCUCCCACGUUCGUCUCACAAGCCACUGUGCUGUUUACGAUAAUCCCCUCUCUCCCGUUCUUCCCCGCCCCACACCCCUCCCUCCUCCAUCUCCACGCCUGCUUCUCCCACGCUGACUUCAGCCCCACCCGCCUCUACAGCGCUGCAGGCGAAGCUGGGCGGGGCGGGGCUGCUGGAUGCCCCGUGGUGGCUUUGUGGACGGACGAGCAGCGGGAGAGCGAGGGCCACAAGCUCGACUCGGCUCCUACAGGCACUAUCGCUCCCCUCCCCAUGCCCUCUCCCUUUCAUCCCCCACUCCCCAGCUCCACGUCUGCUUCUCCUACACCAACGUCUGCCCCACGCAUUCCUGCCCCUUCGGUGGCGCCGUGGCGCACCGCACCUGCUUCUCCUGCACUGGUUCCUGGCCCAUUCAUUCCCGCCUCUGCAACAAGAGCGCACUGUUCACACGGAACCUGCGGGCUGCUGAGUGCACUUUUUUCCGUGGAUGCACCACACCUUCCCUUCAACAGCAUUACCCUCUUCUCUUACCCCUUCCACCCUUCGUACACCCAGCGGCGCACCUGCAUCCCCUACAUGGACUUCUGGCCCACACCACACACUUCCGCGUCUCCCACGUCCCUCUCAUCAGCCACUCUUGGCGCUUGCUUCGCCUGCACCUUCUGGCCCACCGACUCGCGCCCCUAUGGUGUGUGGGUGUGGGCGCACGGAAGCACGGUAGAGGCUGCAGACUAUCGUGGCGGAGGUGCAUGA